GAUUUCACUCCGCUUUCUUAUCAAUAACGGUACUGCUCCUACUUUCUCCUCUAUAUGAUACUCCAUCUUCCUAGCUAAAAGCCUUGCACAUACUGCAUUGUUUUAAUUUUGAUUCAAAUUAUCAUCUUCCUCGCCCGUGUUCUCUUUUUCAUCAAACUUGGAUUUGACAGGGUAGGUUCACGAUAAACAGGUACUUUUCCCAUAUUCAUCAGAUCAGCUAUUGCCAGAAUUCAACGGAUCAACUGUUGCCGGAGUAUUCAUUCUCUCCAAAGUGAUAGGGAAAUGUGAUCACGGAAACGACAAUAUUUUCCGACGGAAACAAGCAAUCCAAGCAAGGCCAUUUUUCUAUUUCUUUUUCGAUGUAGCCUCGCCAUUAUAAAGGGAAUUUCUGCAAAUUCAACAGAUCAGCUUUUGGCAGAGUGUUUAUUCUCUCCAAAGUCAAGGAGCCUCUGUUCCUUUCCUGAUAUUCUCAAGUUAAAGAAAAGGACUGAAAAUGGCAGAAACAGUUCUCUCUUUUGUGUUAGAUCAGCUCUCAAUUUUUCUGCGUGAAGAGGGCAGAUUAUUGGGAGGGCUUCGCCAAGAGGUUCAACUCAUCAGCGAUGAGUUGGGGCACAUGAGAGCUUUCGUGGGAGUGGCAGAAACAAUAGAAGAAGGUGCUGAUCCCAGGCUCCAAGAAUGGAUCAAGCAAGUACGAGAAGCCGCUUAUGACACCGAAGAUGUUCUUGAUGAAUUCGUAGCUUGCUUUGCUCACCAUCAUGCAACAGGGUUCUAUGGCUCUGUUAGGAAAAUUUUCAACUCCAUAAAGACUUUGCGAGCUCGUCGUAAGGUUGCUGUGCAAAUACAAAGCAUCAAGGCCAGAGUAAAGAAUAUAUCUGAAGGGCAUCAGAGAUACCAAUCAGAAUUCGGCGGUACUACCCAAGCGGCCGAGUCUCUCGCUGCUGUUAACAACACAACAUGGCGCUAUAGCAGGGAUGAUGCACUUCUCGUGGAAGAAGCUGAACUAGUUGGCAUUGACCACCCCAAACAACAGCUAAUUUCUCAACUACUCGAGAGGGAUGAUUCCCAGCUCAAAGUUGUUUCUGUGGUUGGCAUGGGAGGACUCGGUAAAACUACCUUAGUCAAAAAAGUCCACGAAGAUUAGCUAUUAGAAGGCAUUUCCCAGUUCGUGCCUUUGUAACUGUCUCUCAACCAUGCAA